CAAGCAAUCCAAGUCGAAUAAAAGAAACCUUAACAAAAAGCAAGUGUAACAGCCAUUAACGACCUUGCAAUCAGCUAAAAGAGAGAGGAAAAAGAAUCAAACCUGGUAAAACCCCAAUUACUCAUUCUACAUUUACAGUGUUAAUUACACCUUACAGUAUCUCAACAAGAAGGUCAUGGGUUGCUCCUCUUCUCUUCCAGAUAGAAGUACUGGGAGGUUGGGCGGACUUAACAAUUCAGAGAGUGGUGGAGUGGUAGAUGCCAAAAACCUACGUGUGAAGUUGGUUUUGUUAGGGGAUUCUGGUGUUGGUAAAAGCUGUAUUGUUCUUCGUUUUGUUCGUGGUCAGUUUGAUCCAACAUCCAAGGUAACUAUUGGAGCUUCUUUUUUGUCACAAACGAUAGCAUUACAAGAUUCUACAACAGUUAAGUUUGAGAUAUGGGAUACUGCAGGACAGGAAAGGUAUGCUGCACUGGCACCACUAUAUUACAGGGGUGCUGCAGUUGCAGUUAUUGUUUAUGAUAUAACAAGCCCAGAGACGUUCCACAAAGCACAAUAUUGGGUGAAGGAGCUACAAAAACAUGGUAGCCCUGAUAUAGUCAUGGCUUUAGUUGGUAACAAGGCUGAUCUUCAAGAGAAGCGAGAAGUACCUACUCAAGAUGGCAUUGACUAUGCGGAGAAGAAUGGGAUGUUCUUUAUGGAGACAUCUGCAAAAACUGCAGAUAAUAUAAACCAACUGUUUGAGGAAAUUGCUAAGAGACUUCCACGACCUUCCUCAACUUGAUUGCAGAACCUUGAAACUGAAUGAACUAGAUUGCCUCUGUUGUUACAAGAAAACCACUUGCCUGUAUCAAGUCUCUGUAUAUUUUUACAUUUGCUAUAUUCUGUGAUUUGAGUGUCAAUUCAGUUGAAAACUUAUGCUCCCAUUUAUUACCAUGAAUAACACAUACAGCGUGUUGACUUACA